CAAAUUGCUUUUUUUUUUUGACGCAACGUACAAUGUCGCCAUCGAGUUCGCCGGAGGAGGAAGUGCCGAGUUCGCCGGAGGAACAAGACCAUCUGUCCAACCGCCCAAUUUCGCCUGCCUCGGCUACACCAGAGGUGCCAAAGGCAUCCAAUCCAACUCAGGUGGAGGCCAAGGAGGUUCAACUCUCGGACAUUGCACCAAUAAUGCUGGAUGAUACCGACGUGAAGACUAAAAUAGAUGACAUCGCUGAAAUGGACAUUGUAGAGGAUUUUGAUAACCGGCCUUCCAAAAAGGCAAAAAUUUCUGAAUCACGUGUACUGGAACCAUCACCUAUGUCACCAACUAUGAAAACAUCUUCUCCAGGUUCAGAGUGUUUUGAAUCGUUUGUGCCGGAAUCAGAUAAUCAGAUGAAUCAUGAUACACUACCAUCACCUCCAUCCCCAUCUAGCUCGACAAUAUCUCCUGUUUUCCCAUUGCAUGAUAUUAAGGAACCAAAUUCACAUAAAGAGAUCCAAGUUGAUGAGACAUAUGAUUAUCUCCCACAAGACUAUACAUUGACCGACCAUGAUCUAUGUGCUCAUAUAGCAAUAGAAUCAUCUUUGAGAAAACAAUUGCUGGUUCAGAUAGAUGGAAGUUCUGUCUUGCAACAUCAAUUGAUGUGCCUGCUAGAUGAGAAAGAGUGGGUAAAUGAUGAUGUGAUCAAUGCAUAUAUAUGUUGUAUAAAGGACCAAAUACAUCUCCAGAAUGAUAAUAAAGUAUAUUUUGAGAGUCCAUUUGUUACCUCACUAUUUAAACGAGAUGGCACCAUUGGAAUACAAGAAGGUAGUGCCUUCAUGACAGAGAUUGUCCUCGAAUAUAUGCAGCAUGACAUGAUUAAACUUCCAAUAAAUGCCAAUAACACACAUUGGUAUUUAGCUGUUGUGAAUACAAAAAAAUGUGAGGUUCAAGUUCUAGACUCAUUGUGCUGGAAUUCUGACAGAGAUGAUCUUGCUAAUACGCUACGAGGAAUACAAUUUCAUUUGGACCUUCUUAAAAGUCAAAAGUUGGUAAGCGACGAUUGGAAAGACGUUGAUCUUACUGAAUGGAAGAUCACAGAACAAUUACAAAAGGCAAUUCAAAAAGAUUAAAUUUAUGGAAUAUUUCACCGGAUGUGCACUAUCUUACCCAAUUACACAGGAAAUGAUUACUUCUUUUAGGUUUAAGUUAGCCAGCAUACUAUUAUGUUGGAAAACAAACACUGCAGCAAUGACUACAAUCGUUGAAGAAAGUGACGAUGACAGCAAGGGAGAUCCUGAUGAUGUUCAAAUAUUGGAAAGUUUAGAUGAUAUAAAAAAACAAAAACAAAAAUCCCAUUAUCUGUUGAAAAUAAAUACAGAUCACUAAUAUCAAUUCUUUCUAAUAUGACCUUACAUGAGUUAACAGCUGGACUCUGUAGCUUCAUUAAAUCAAUUAAUUACACCGAGAUUUUAGAGAAAGUAUGGAUCCGAAGUUCAAAACCAUAUCCAAUUAGCUUGUCUCUCAGAAAACUACAAGGAUUGCUAAAGGAUGAUUUAUCCAUGGACCGCGAUUGCUUUAAUUUGAUCAUACGGAAGAUUAUGUUGGAUGACAUCCAAACAUCACAAAAAACAAAGCAACCGAUAGCAAAGCAUUAUCUCGACAUGAAAUUUUGGAUGACUACUGAUUUUGGAAGGCACCCGGAUUUUCGUAAAAAGUUAGAUGUCGAGCAACUAGCAAAUUCUGUUCGUAGUUGGCCUGGUAUCAAAUAUAAUGUUUCAACAUGCAAAUCGAUCCAUAUUCCAGUACAAUGCAUUGAUGAAUUCAUUCUAUUCACAUUGGAUCAAGAUACCAGAACAGUGUACAUUUUGGACCCUACUCCUAUUAAUCCAAUGUACCGAUACAACCCACUCGCAAAAUAUGUGAAAAAAAUUAUAUGGAUUUCCGAACAUUUACCAAAAGCAAUGUCAAAAGCAUGCCCUGGGUCUAGAUGGAACGAGGAUAUUCUCUUAUGGCAUCAUAGAAUCCUAGAUGAUAUUCCAGUUUACAACAGGGAACUGUUGGUUAUCUUGUUCCCCUAUUCAUGUCCACAUGGGAAGACGAAAGACCACAUUUGCCAUUUUUAAAGG